AAAUUAUCAUACAUCCCCUCCUCUCCAAACCACCAAGUCUACACAUUCCCAUCUUUUACACUAUCAAUCCACAACAGACACCAAUGGCUGUAGAAUUUGUAAAUCUUUCGCGCUCUCUGUCGGCUUUAACCAUAGUCAUGAUUGUCCUCAUUUUGCCAGUUCACGGGCAGAUCAACACAGCCUGCAGUCCCUCAGCAUUGACAAGCUUCACUUCUUGCAUUAAUUUUAUCACGAAUAGCACCGCCAAUGGAACCUCACCAACUACAGAUUGUUGUAAUUCUCUCAGGACCAUUACAACUAGUAGUACAGAUUGUCUUUGCCUUAUUGUAACUGGAAGUGUUCCCUUUCAAAUUCCCAUUAACCGUACCCUCGCCAUUGCUCUCCCUCGCGCUUGUAACAUGCCUGGUGUACCUCUGCAAUGCAAAGCAUCUGUCGCGCCUCUUCCUGCUCCAGGUCCAUCCGCACUUGGUCCAACUCUGUCACCUGGAUUUUCUCCUUCUGCUAGUCCUGAAGCUUCCAGUGUUCCUGAAGCACAUUCACCAGCUAUGACUCCAGAAUCUAAUGCAACUCCAGCUUUGACUCCACCGUCUGAUACAGCAGGAGCAGGAGCAGGAGCUCCAACUACAAAUUCAGGGAUCCGGCCAGUUCUCACUCCAUCUGCUGCAAGUGCAUUGUCUAGUUUUUACCCAACAGUCCUUCUAGCCGUGAUAGUAGCUACAUUCUUGAAGUAUUUGUACUAGUUUCUUAAACCAUUGUAAUUCAUAUGAUCAUAUCGCUUAGUUUCAGAACUGUUCUUUAGGAAAGAGCUAUUUGGAUCACUGGAUAUUUAUUCUGUUGAUAUCAUAGUUUUAUGAUUUUGGUUUUGUA